UGAACUAUAACAUAUCGUAUGCAAAUACAGCAUGUGAAAUAUAGGAGGAUCAAACUCUGUCAGGGGAGGAUUCACACAACACAUUGACAGUUCUGCUGUGUUUUCAGCACAUUGUGUUAUUAGAUAUGCUGGUGAACAUUUGUAGAAAAUGUCUUGCAUGUCUGUUUUGUUCUGUCUCUGCUGGUGGAAUCUGAUUGGUGUGUUUGGUGAGUCAGUGUCAGUGAUGGAGGGAGAUUCUGUCACUCUAAACACUGAUGUUACUGAAAUACAUGAAAAUGAUGACAUACUGUGGAAAUUUGGAGCUGACACUUCUCCCAUAGCUGAAAUCAGUAGAGAGAAACAAAUCUUCUCCACAUAUGAUGGUACUGAUGAGAGAUUCAGAGACAGACUGAAGCUGGAUCAUCAGACUGGAUCUCUGACCAUCAUGAACAUCAGAACCACAGACUCUGGACUUUAUAAACUAGACAUAGUUGGUGUAAAAUGGUCCUCAAAAACAUUCAGUGUUUCUAUCUAUGCUCGUCUGCCUGUUCCUAACAUUACCAGAGACUGUUCAUCAUCUUCAUCAUCAUCAUCAUAUUGUUCAUUGUUGUGUUCAGUGGAGAAUGUUAGUCAUGUGACUCUCUCCUGGUACAAAGGAAACAGUUUAUUGUCCAGCAUCAGUGUGUCUGAUCUCAGCAUCAGUCUCUCUCUACCUCUGGAGGUGGAAUAUCAGGAUAAAAACACCUACAGCUGUGUGCUCAACAAUCACAUCAGCAACCAGACCAGACAUAUCAACAUCAGCAAACUAUGUGACACAUCUUCAGAUGUGUUUAGUGAGUCAGUGUCAGUGAUGGAGGGAGAUUCUGUCACUCUAAACACUGAUGUUACUGAAACACAUGAAGACAAUGACAUACUGUGGAAAUUUGGAGCUGAAAAGUCUCUCAUAGCUAAAAUCAGUAGAAAGAAACAAAUCUUUUUACAUAUGAUGAUGUUCCUGAUGGGAGAUUCAGAGACAGACUGAAGCUGGAUCAUCAAACUGGAUCUCUGACCAUCACAAACAUCACAACUCAACAUGCUGGACUCUAUAAUCUGCAGAUAACUGGUGCAAAACGGUCAUCGACAACAUUCAGUGUUUCUGUCUAUGAUCAGGGCCUACCAUUAUUUUACAUAGUGCUGAUUCCUUCUGCUGCUGGAUCUCUGUUGAUUGUAGUUUCAGUCGUGAUCUGCUGCAUCUGCAGGAAAUGUAGAAAAACAGAGGAAGACAGAACUGAUUCAGCAUUGUGUAAACCAACAACACGAAAAACGGUAAGAUCAUUCAUGACUGUGUUGCAGUCAGUCUGACUGAAGUUUGCAGCAUCAGAAGGUUACUGAACAGAUGUGGGUGGUCUAUCAGCCCAACCAACUUUAGUAGGGAGCAGAUCAAAAGGACAGUAUUUUUUUUAUUUUCAUGCUAUCUACACUAAGCCUAUACUGCUUGCACCUCAGUGAAAGUUUUUUUUUUUUUUUUCCUCCAUGUUGCAGUUUUGCCAUUAUAAUCAGUGAAGUUGUUUAGAUUUAUGCAUCUUUAUUUUACAGACGGCUCGUUCAUACCCUUUUUUGACAUGCUGCCAUCUGACAUAUCAUGAAUUAGGUCUUAUGAAUUGUAUCCUACAUGUAAAACUUUUGACUAUUACAAAGCCAGCUCGUGAUGUGUCUAUUUAUACUAAUUCGAUUUUGGAAUGAAAGGGGUGUUUGAUGUCAUUUCCUCUUUCUGCUUCAUGUUAGCAUAUAUUGCACAUUAAAAAUAAAAAAGCACCGUACAAAAAAUGCAUGUUCUACUGAAGAUUUCAAAAGUAGUAGCCUACUGAAAUAUUUUUUUUAUAGAAGUAGCUCCAACACAGUUCCUGAUUGAUUGCUUUUUGUGUUUUCUUGCAGAAACCAAAGACUGAGGCCAUUUAUGGAAAUGUCUCCAAAAAACGAUGAUCAAAUACUGGAAUUUGUGUUAGAACUCAUACAGGACACUUUUCAUUCACAUUAAUUCUCUUCCAGGAUGUCACUGUUUUGUCUGUAUCAUUUAUUUUGGUGUUACUGUGAUGUAUAACAUUUUAUUUUAAUUAAAUUAGUCAUUUACCAAUAGCAUAUCAUCCAGAAACUCAAUCCCUGCUAAAGAAAAAAACAAUAGAAGCCCGAUAGAAACUAUCACAGAAAUUCCAAUGGUUUCCGUUAAAAUACCAUUAUAAACCAUUAGCUUUUUCCAGUAAAACAUUACACAAUUCCUUUUGGUGGUGUGUUUUGGGCAUUUUUCCAAUAGGAUUUAACAUCCCACCAAUAGAAUCCAUCACAUACCAGUAGACACCAUUAUAGUUUUUAUUAAAACCAAUACAAUUCCCAUUAUAACCAUUACAUUUUCUAUUGUGUUUUGGGCAGGGUUCUAUUGUUUUUUUCAGCAGGGAUCACAUGGAAAUUUACCUAACAGUCAUUAUUAAAUCUUAAUCACACCCAUAUGUGCUCCUUAGCUUGUCAUUUACAGUUUUGUUUGAUUAUUUUUACAAAAUAUAAUGGAAUGUCGAGUGCACUGUAUAGUAUCACACAAGAUUUGAUCUUUUGUUGGCAAAUGUAGCACAAGCGCAUCAUCGCCCUCCUGGUGGCCAAAGCAAAAAAUCACAUCUCUAACAAUAGCACUACUUUUACAGAUAGGGUGCGAUAUAAAUACAUACUGAAUGCACAAAAUAAAGACAGGUCUGCUUGAUGAUCGUGCUGCCUCCUGGAGCCUCUUUGAACAAUAACCAACUCAACUGAACAUAGAUUACGAUGUCUAAAAAUGGCAUAGCCAAAUAAAAACAGGCCAUGCACACAGUGCAGCUAAAUUUGGUUGUCAGUUCACUUUUAGUGCUUAUUCCUCUUCUGACUUAUACAUACAGCGUUCAGUCAUUUGUACAACUGAAUAAACUUCCAA